AGUAAUCCAGGCUUACCUGCGCAAGGCGGCUCUGCGUAGGUGGACCCUAAAUUCCGACCACUCUCGUGGGACCAAAUAUGAGUAAUCAAAAAACAAACAAACAAAAAACACAAACUGGACUGGAAACCAAGGAUACGAAAAUAGGCAAGGAUAAGGAAACGAAUAGGAACAUGGAUCAAUAUAUAACCGAGGAGACAUACUGGAUCAGCACGGAAAACGAAUUAAGGAAAAAGCAAGUAGGUUCUAAUGAGAAACCGAAAUGGAACGAGAAAGGGCAAAGCGACCCAAGCCAAAUAUUCAGGCCAAUGCGAACGCUUUCUAGAAGCCCAGUGCGUAUAAGCCAGGAUAUAGCAAUGACAGAUGUAGAUCUAACGGGUGACGAAGAAGAAAAUGUCUUUAUAGAAGAAGAAAAUAGUAAUAAAGGCCAGCCCGAAAUAGAGAGAGAGAGCGAAGGAAUAGGAGGGUCGAGACAAAAAAGUAAGUUGGGAGGAGUGGAUACCACCCUUAUGGGAAUCGAGCAGAUCCUAAGAAUGCUUAAAGUACAGAACGACAUAGUUCUAAAUUACCUAGAAAGGGUUAAAAAUGCAAACCCGACCGCAUUAAAAUCAAGCAGGGAAAUGAGCAAAGAUUUAAACAAUGCAAGGGACCUUAUUAUGAUUGCCGCACAAGUUUAUAGAGAAGAAAAAGAUAAGCAGGCAGAAAGGGAAAGAGUAGAAGAUGACAAAACAAAAUGGAUCAUGGAAAACAUGAACAAUAUAAACAAACGUAUAGAAAAACUGGGAGAAAGAGAUGAAAAAAUAAAUAACAUUCAAAAGAGAAAAAAUAUAACACCACCGGAGCUGGAAUCAAGGACAAAAAAGACAAGGGUGCAAAAUAAAGAAGGCAGGGCGCUACCAACUAUUAAAAGGGUGGAGAUAAUCAGAAACGGCGAAGGGGCCUCUUCCGACUCGGAGUGGGAGACGAUAAAAACAAAAAGAAGGAAAGAGGAGAAUAAAGAUAGAAGAAAGUCGACGAAUACAGGGGAUGAGGAAAAAAAAUAUAAACAAAGAACAAUGACAUCAGUUAAAAAAAACGAAGCAAUCACAAUCAGUGUAAACAAAGAAAGAACUUACGCUGACGUGACUAAAGAGUUAAGACAAGGGAUGGGAGCAGAUGUUAAAGGAGUCAAAAGAAUUAGACAAACUAGGACAGGGGAUAUUCUAGUGGAAUUCGAAAACCAGACGGACAGUACCGAGUUCCAUGAAAAAGCGAAGGCGGUGAUGGGUGACAGAGCAGCAAUAAGGAGGCUCAAACCCAAAGCCACAAUUGAAAUACAGGACAUAGACCCGGCAGUCGACAAACUGGAAUUAUUAGAGAGCAUAGCUAGGGAAGGUAAAGUAAAGGUAGAAGAUCUCAUCUGUAAGAAUCUUAGAAGAGCCUACAUGGGAACCCAAGCGGCAAUUGUGGAGGGUCCAGGUGAGCUGAUGAGCAAUAUAAAAGAUAAUAAGGUGAAGAUUGGGUGGGUAUACUGUAGGGUCAGACAGUUACCCACAGUGAUGCGUUGUUUUAAGUGCCAUAACUUGGGCCACGUUGCAGCAAGGUGCGCGGUAGUGCCUGAAGGAACUACCAUAUGUAGGAGAUGCGGCGGAAACGGACAUACAAUGUCAGAAUGUAAGUCAGAAAAAGCGAGGUGCAUAAUUUGUGCAGCCAAAGGAGGAAAAGAGACAGAGCUCAACCAUAUAGCAGGCUCACUAAAAUGUGCCCUAUACAAAGAGGCAGUCGUGGGGAAAAGCAGAAAACAAUAAAA